AUGAAACUGGCCACAGCGUACAAUGCACAAACUGGUUUAUCAAACUUUUUCGAAGACUCCUUUAAUGCUACUGAUUGCAAUAAUAAAACCAUUCAAAAAGACGAAUUCCUGAAAAAUCUGCUCGAGUAUCGGAAAGAAGAUCCACAUUAUCCGGUAAACAUCAUCGUCGCCGCUCAAGUGAUGAAGGAUGAUUUUUGGACAAUUACCUACAUUAUCAAAAGCAAGGAAACAUCGGCUGAAACUGAAUUCGUCUUGAAUACCCAUGACUUUAAGUUGAUCACUGCAAAGUCAUUAAAUUGUUGA